GGUGAUCAGGGAGGACGAGGAGGCAGCUUCUGACUCUUCCUGUUCCUUUUAACAAACUGAUGUGGCAGCCAAAGAAUGAACUCCCUCUGCUUCUUUGUAUGUUAACAAUGAUGCAUUUUGUGGGAAGAACAAGGAGCGAGAACUAAACUGAAUAAAUGUGUGAUCACAUGACGACCACGUCUGCAAUGGAGAACUUAACCGUGGCCACCAAUCAUUCAGACUUCUACUCAGUCGACAGCUCGUCCAGGAGGAAGCCUUUCCUGGUGUUCUAUGUGGCUACCAUCAUCACUGCCAUCCCGUCCAACGCUUUCUCCCUCUACGUGUCCUUGCAGCACAUUAGACAGAAAAACGAGCUCGGCGUGUAUCUUUUCAACCUGGCGUUGAGUGACCUGACCUUCUCCAUCGGCCUUUCAUUGUGGCUGGACUUCCUGUGGAGAGGAGUGUGGGCUCAUGGAGGCUACGUUUGUGUGCUGUCCGUCUACUCUCUCUACACCAACUUCUACACCAGCGAUGCUCUCCUCUGCUGCAUUGCUUUUGACCGCUACCUGGCGGUGGUUCACCCAUUUAAGUACACUUUCUUGAGGAAAGUCGAAACUGCAGUGGGGGUCAGCAUUGCCAUUUGGGUGCUGGUGGUCUGUUUCAAUGCUGCAACCAUCACCUGGGAGGACUCCUAUUAUGAGGACAGCAAGUUUCCUCAGUGCUUUGAUAUAUUCCGCCCAUUGUCAGAGAGCAUGUUUCGGGCUAAUCUAGCGCGCUUCUUCCUGGGCUUCAUUUGUCCCGUUGUCCUCGUCGUGUUCUUCACCAGGGGGCUCUGUGAGGCGUUGAAAACCAACCAGUCCACAGAGGAACAGGAACGUAAACAGGUGUCAAAGCUGCUGACGGUCAUCCUGCUCUGCAUUGUGUUGUUCUUCGGACCUGUCCACAUCAUAAUGCUUGUGCGUGCGUUUGUGAAUGACUGCCGGUAUCUAGCAUGGUUCCUCUAUCCAUACAAGAUCAGCGUAGCUGUCUCAAGCCUCAACUGCCUCGCAGACCCUCUCCUUUAUUGCUUUAUUACUAGAACAGGGAAAAAAAAUGUAAAUCAGUUUGUUCUCCUGUUCCAGAUAAAGAAGAGGAACAAAGAUGAAGGUGUGGUGUAGGUUAAAUAAAGUACAAGUCAAAUGUAGAACUGCUUUUCACAACACAUUCACAGACACUGCGAAAGAGCUGUCCAAGAGCAAAUGUGUAAAUUAAAGUUGCCGAUGUGUUUUACAUUUUAGAGUGAGUAAGAUACUUAGAGUUGAUGACUGUGGUCAGAUCUGGAUAAAAAAAAAAAGUCCAUUACUGCAAAUAAACUGAAACGAGCGAAGAAUCUUCUUAAUGCAGGAAACACUUUGCUUUUUAAUCUCCAAGCUUCAAUAAAUACUUCUGUGUAAGACA